GCUCUCUCUCCAGGCCCCAGACUCUUUGAGCCGCGCCUGCCCGAUCCGUCACCGUGUCACCGCACACGCCCUAGGCUGGAAGGAGAUACCGUGCUGGUCACACGAGCGCGCCUGCAGCUGCUGCGCUGAUUAGUCAUCCCCCAACGCCCGCAGUCGCCCACGCCAAAACAACGGCGCCCGCCCUGCGCGCUUGCGCGACCGAAGGAAUGUCUCGACAUGCAGCUCGCAAGUCGCUCCACACCCUUGACUCCAUCAUGGCGCCCUCAAACAGCGCCGGCAAGCGCGUCAAGGGAAAACAGGUUUAUCGACCAUUCAUAUAUGGCACGACGGCCCGCCCCUUCGACCCGGACAAGAACCCAAAGCCCCCGGGCACCCCCGAGGACCACACCCACUCCUGGACCGUCUUUGUCAAGGGGAUCGACGACGUGGACAUCACGUACUGGCUUAAGCGCGUCCAGUUCAAGCUCCACGAGAGCAUCCCCAACCAUGUGCGCAUGAUCGACGGCCAGAAGGGCGAGCCCUUUGCCGUCCACGAGACCGGCUGGGGCGAGUUCGAGAUCACCAUCAAGAUGUACUACGCCCCCGAGAGCAGCGAGAAGCCCCAGACCCUCUACCACCACCUGCGCCUGCACGCCUACGGCUCCGACUCCGAGAAGAACGCUAUGGUCGCCAACGCCGAGGUCCCCGCCUGGGUCUACGAGGAGCAGGUCUUCAACGAGCCCUACGAGGCCUUCUACGACAUCCUGACCUCGGGCGCCAUGCCCCCCAGCGACCCCGCCGCCGCCGCCACCAGCAAGAACAACAAGUCCGGCGCCAAGGGCGGCAAGGGCGGCCCCGCCAAGGACGCCGCCAGCCCGGCCCCCAAGCGCAGCGAGGGCGGCGUGCUCGAGCGCAGCGCCAUGAUACCCAUGCACACCCGCCCCGGCCAGCCCUUCAGCGCCGAGGCCGAGAAGCUCGAGGUCAAGAAGCUGCGCGACGCCCAGGCCGAGGUCGAGAGGCUCAUCGAAAAGAUCCGCACCGAGAACAGGGACAAGGAGGAGCGGCUGCGGUCGCUCAAGGAGGAGGCCAAGUAGUCGCGCCCUUCCUCGGCACGUGCCGCCUCAGCCCUAUCAUUCAACGGCUACGAUAUCCCAGAGCUCCCGCACUGCGGACAAGCCUCGAAGGAUGACGAGGACAACUUGUUCGAUGACGUCGAUUUUGACGACGACGACGAUUUUGACGACGACGAGCCAGAUGUUUACAAUCCACAAGACGAGCCAGGUCCAUCGCGUUCGGCCAUCCCGCAGGGCUCAGCAGCUAGUCCCGCUCCGGAUGAUCAGGCACAGUCGUUUGCUCCGCAGCCCACAUCUGGACAACCCGUGACUCCGUGCAAGACGCGUAAAGAGCAGAAAGUCAGAGAGCGGCAGGAGAAGAGAGAGCGGCAAGAGAAG